UGGCCCGGGGCCCGGCGAGAGGAGCCCGGCCCGGCCCCGCGGCCAGUCGGCGGCGAGCAGCGGCCAUGUCCUUCUGCGCCUUCUUCGGCGGCGAGGCGUUCCGGGGCCACUUCCAGCCCGGCAUUUACGUCUGCUCCAAAUGCGGUUAUGAGCUGUUCUCCAGCAAAGCAAAAUACCAGCACUCGUCGCCGUGGCCCGCCUUCACUGAAACCAUUCACGCCGACAGCGUGGCCAAGUACGAAGAGCGACCGGGCGCCUUGAAGGUGUCCUGCGGCAAAUGUGGUAAUGGGCUGGGCCAUGAGUUCCUCAACGACGGGCCGAAGAGGGGGAAGUCUCGCUUCUGAAUAUUCAGUAGCUCGCUGAAAUUCAUCUCUGCAGACAAAGCGGAGCAGAAUCUUAAGAAGUAAGCGGGCUGCCGGACUCACUCGCUGCUUAUAGUGGACUCCUACACGCUACCCAUUGUUUCCUGUGAUAACGGUUUGGGAUCAAGUGUCUGUGUGCUCUAAAUGAGAAUCUAGUGAAGCAAAGUUCCUCCAGGCUUCUGCAAUACAACGCCUCCCAUCAGAGAUGGGUGCUGGGUGCUGGUUUGUCAGCUGGGAACAUGAGGUUGGGGGAGCAGAAGGGAAAUGGGACACUGAUCUCUGAUUGCCUUUGCUCUGUCAGGUGGGUUAUCUCUUCCCUAGAGCGAAUGUGGCACAAGGUGACAACUUCUGCUUUGAACCAUCUGGUUGCAAACUUGUACAUAGUCAGGACCCUACCAAAUUCACGGUCCAUUUUGGUCAAUUUCACGGUUAUAGGAUUUAAAAAAUUGUAAAUUUCAUGAUUUCAGAUAUUUAAAUCUGAAAUUUCAUGGUGUUGUAUCUGUAGGGAUCAUGACCCAAAAGAGGGUUGGCGGGAGUUACAGGGUUAUUGUAGAGAGAAGGUCAUGGUAUUGCCACCAUUACUUCUGCGCUGCUGUUGGUGACGGCACUGCCUUCAGAGCUAGGUGGCCGGAGAGUGGCAACUGCUGGCUAAGAGCCCAGCUCUGAAGGCAGCAGCGCAGAAGUAAGGAUGGCAUGGUAUGGUAUUGCCACCUUGACUUCUUCACUGCUGCCUUCAGAGCUGGGCACCUGGCCAGCAGCUGGCGCUCUCUGGCCACCCAGCUCUGACCAAAGUGCAGAAGUCAGGGUGGCAAUACUGUGACCCCCCUACAAUAACCUUGCACCCCCCGCCGCCCACGUCCCCUUUUGCGUCGGGAUCCCCAGUUCGAGAAACGCUGGUCUGCCCCAUGAAAUCUGUACAGUACAGGGUAAAAGUACACAAAAGACCAAAUUUCACAGGGGAGACCAGAUUUCACGGUCCGUGACUUGUCCCCUAAACAUAGUGAAUGGGGGGGAAGCAAAUGCUGUAACUCCUUCUCAUCCAUCAGACCCUACCCCCAGCAAUCCCAUGUCCCAAAACAGCCCAGCCUCUGACCAGUACCAGCUACUGAAUUCCUUCUCUCCUGUCCAUUAUAAGUAGCGUGCACGAUGGGUGAAAUCUUGGCCCUGUUGAUGUCAAUGGGAGUUUUGCUGUUGUCUUCAAAGGAGCCAACAUUUCACCCUUUAUUUCCAGAAUGAAAUACGGAGAUAAUGGGUGGAGAUUCGGAUCUCUUAUGCCCAUGUAAAUCCAGAGUUACUGCAUUGAAAUCAGUAGGGAGUGACGCUGGAUUUAACUGAGAUUCGAAUCUGGUCCCAUUCUCACAUGCUAUUUUCUGGUCUGGGAUCAUGGUAUGAAUUGCCCUAGGUAAACCCUUCCAGGAUGGUUAGGGUAAGGAUGUUUGGAUGAUCCUACCAGAUAAUCGCUCUGGGUAUUUUAUCUUUUUUGCACACAAUAGAAAUAAUUUUAGAAGUUGAUUUGAUUUUAUUCUGCGUUGGGCCUGAUUCUGAUCUCGCCGUGUGCUGGUUUUAUUACUGUGUGACUCCACUGGCCUUAGCAGAGUUAUUCUUGAUUUACACCAGAGUAAGGGAGCUCAGAAUUGGGCCCUUUCAGCAAAAACUUGCAUAGCUCAGGCUUUGGAAAUCAUGUGUGAAUUACCUCUAGAUACUAAAGGGCUAUUAUAUUUAUUUCCCCUUGAAUCAGCACCUCAUUCUCCCCUUCACCACACUGCCCACUGCCGUUCCCUUGGGCUGGAAUGUGCGUAUCUUCCUCCAAACCCUAGACCCUCGUUUGUUCCUUGAUCAGUCCACAGGGACACCAGUACAAAUGCACGACGGGGUUGCUUUCUCCUCCUUGAGUCUCUUCGGCUGUCUCCUUGGAGGGGCUCCAUUCUGCUCUGUGACGUUAGUGUAACCCCGGGGUGCGGCGGUGGAUUUAUGCCACAUUAAGGUCCUGAUCCUGCUGCCACCGAAGUGGGUGGCAAAACUUCCACUGGCUUUGGUGGUGUAGGAUCACCACUGACCCUAAGUGAGAUCAGAAUCUGCCCCCCAGCUGGACUGGUGCAGCUCCAAGUGCCAUCUUGAACCUGCAUCCGUGACCGUAGAGCUCCAGGAAGCCCCCCUUUAACCACAGCAGCCCUCUUAUGGAGUGAAGAUUGGAGGUGCACAGCGCAAUAGGGAACUGGGUCCACCCCCGGUGGGCAGAGGACUAAGGCACGCUGAUGGCAGUAUUACGGUUCAUCUGCACUGAGGGGCACUUUACAAGCUGCAUUUUGCCUGCUGAGGUGCAGCCCAGGGGCGGAGGGGAGGUGACCGGGACCCCGUACAAAGAACGUGACAUCCCAGCUUAGCACUGGGCCUUUGCUGCUGCUGCUCUUGUAUCUGCCUCUGUAACUGUCAACCUGAUAAUAAACCAUUGAUUCAUUGUC